AUGAGGCCGCACUUCCUCCUCGCCCUUGUGGUGGUGGCGCUCUGCGUCGCCGCCGCCCCGGCUGACGCCCAGAGGUUGAAGCUGCGCUUCAAGGCCAACCUCCUCCCCAAGAACGAGGUGCCCCCGCUCAACAAGACGGCGACGCAGGCGCGCGGCACCUUCACGCUGGCGUUCUCAAGGGUGGAGCCCAGGAACGCCACCUGGACCCUCAGCCUCAACAAGCUCACUGGCCAGACCGUGCAGGCGGGCCACAUCCACAUUGGUGCCGCCGGCCAGUCGGGCCCCGUAAUCACUUUCCUGUUCUCCGGCGGCACGGGCGGCUUCGGCAACAAGCUCACAUCCGCGUUCCUGACGGAGAACGUGCCCCUGAGCGGCCCGAACACCUUCGGGAGGGUAUUCGCUCUGACCUCCAACAAGACUGAGCUUUGUGAGUGGAACGCCGCGGAGCACAGAGAUUGCGGGCCUGGAUGGGGGCCGCCCUUGGCGGCCACGGUGUGGGCCGCUGCUGCUGUGGCCGGCAACAUCAACAUCCACUCAACCGAGUUCCCUGGCGGCUUCAUCCGCGGCCAGCUCAAGUAG